AAAGGGCGAUUCGCGCGCCGCGCUCGCGUCGUUCGGAUCGGUGAUGCGCGCGACGAAGGACAAGGCCAACGCCGCGAUGGCGCAGGCGAAGGUGCGCAUCAAGGAGCGCAUGGGCGCCGCGGGGCCCGGGGACGACACGGACGGCGACUUUCCGACGGACGACAAGACGGCUGCGGAUCUCGCGUUUUUAUUCGCCGAGCGCGAGCUCCAUCUGACGGAGGAACCCGCGACGCGUGGACGAGCGGUCGCGAGCGCCGGCGCGGGUCGUCGGGGCGCGGGUUCGAGCUCGACCGGCGCCGCGGAGGAUUCGGAUCGCGCGGCGUUGUUCGGGUCGGGGGGAUCCGCGGCGGGGGCGGCAUCCGCGGGUGUCGGGUCUUCGAGGAUGGCGCAAUCAGGGUCGAACGGCGACGACGCCGAUCGAGCCGCGCUCUUCGGCACCUCCGGGUCGGGCGGCUCCGUCACGUACCCCGUCGCGCCCAAGGUUAACACCGCCGCGGACAUUCGCGCCAAGUACGGCAUACGCAAGAAGGGCUCCAACACUGAGGGACGCGGAGGAAGCUCGCGCGACGACGCAUCUUUGGCGGGCGCCCUGGAGGAGACGAGGGACAAGCUCCACGAGCGGGGCGAGCGUCUGAGGGGCAUCCAGGACACCACCGAGCGGAUGCGAAGCGACGCGGAGGACUUCGCGUCCAUGGCGGAGAAGCUGCGUAAGCGGCAGGAGAAGUCCUGGUGGUGAGUAGCUUUCAGCGCGAGUCGCCCAUCCCGGACGCGAUCGCGACGUGGACACUUGCUUUUGUCCGUCCGACGGGACCAAUCUUAU